CUGAGGGCUGAGCAGGUCUGUUGACAGCGGUGGCGGCGGCGGCUUCUUCCCGGGGCUUCCCGGGCGGCGGGAGCGGGGCGUGAGCGGCGGGGCUCCUUUGGCCGCGCCUCCAAGGCGGAGGGCGCCGGGCGAAGAUUCUGACCGGGCGGCCCUCUUCCCUGUGGGGGCAGGACUACAGGCCCCAGCAUGCACAGCCAGCAAGGGCUCGCGGGUCAGAUGUAAGUCCAGAUGGAGCACAUGGACCUCGGAGGGCGGAUACCACCCAUCGGAAAGCCUCAACCUUGGGGGAAGCUGAUCCGGUUGGGGUUGGAACAAGCCGAGCCCCACGUCUUGUUGCUGAAAAAAGAGUGGACCAUUGGGAGGAAAAAAGGUUGUGACUUAUCUUUCCCUGGCAAUAAACUGGUCUCCGGCUAUCACUGUAAAAUAACAGUGGAUGAAAAAUCUGGUCAGGUUUUGUUACAGGAUACCAGCACGAAUGGAACGGUGAUUAAUAAACAGAAAGUAGUGAAGAAACAGACCUGCCCUUUACAAACCGGGGACGUGAUUUAUGUUGUUUACAGGAAGUUUGAGCCAGAAAACAACGUUGCAUACCUGUAUGAAUCUUUGCACCCCAAAAAGGAUGGAGCUAAUGAUCCAGGAGAAGCCAAGGUUGACAGUGGAUGCCACACAACCAAAGAUACCUCAAGCGCCAGAGAAAGCAGGGAUGGGACCUCAACGGCAUCACCACCACCAGCUUCUCAGCCAAGCUACGAAGAGCCACAGCCAUCCACCUCGACGUCAAACCUCUUUGAAGUUGUUCCUACCUCUCCCACUGAGUCCGUAUCCACUGAGAAGGCGAAGCCCUCAGUAGUUGGAUCCCAACCUUGCACCUUGAUUUUUGCACCUGCUUUGCUCAAAUUGGUACCAUCGGGACCAGAGUCAUUGCUCCAACUCAGGCAACCUCUUGUAAAUACAGAAACAUCUGACACUUCUUUGAGGGACACAGAGAAAACAUCCCUGUUCCAGCUUUCAGGGAAGGAAGGAAAAGAUUCAUGCCACCCUGUUAGGAAGAAAAUCAGAAGAGAUGGUGAAGCCAGCUCUGCCAUUCAGGUGGCCACCCCAGACGGACAAGCAAUGAGAGACCCUGGAGAUGUCAAAUCCGCAACCAUGAAGCCCGACAAAAUGGGAGAAAGCCUGAGCUGCAUCAUCUGCCAGGAACUUCUUCAUGAUUGUGUCAGUUUGCAGCCGUGUAUGCAUACUUUUUGUGCCGCUUGCUACUCAGGAUGGAUGGAGCGAUCUUCUCUCUGUCCGACAUGUCGGUGUCCAGUGGAACGGAUCUGUAAAAAUCACAUUUUGAACAACUUGGUCGAAGCGUAUCUCAUCCAGCACCCAGACAAGUGUCGUAACGAAGAAGAUAUUAGAAGUAUGGAUGCCCGGAACAAAAUCACUCAGGACAUGCUUCAGCCGAAAGUGCGCAGAUCCUUUUCAGAUGAAGAAGGAAGUUCUGAAGACCUACUGGAUCUGUCGGACGUGGACAGCGAAUCCUCUGAUAUUAGCCAGCCGUAUGUUUUAUGCCGGCAAUGUCCUGGUUAUCGCCGACAAACCAUCCCACCUUUAACCUCUCCAGACCAGGAAGGAAAAACAGAACCUGGGCAGGUCCCUGGAGAUUCCCCAUCAACUUCUUCUAACUUCCCAACAGCAGUCCAGGAAUAUGUCUGCCCAGCUCAAGGAAGCCACAUCUUCUGCACUUGCUGUUUCCAGCCCAUGCCAGACCGUAGGGCAGAACGGGAACAGAACCAGAACAUCGCCCCACAGCAAUGUACCAUUUGUCUGCAGUCCUUCUGUCAUCUGUACUGGGGAUGUGUCCGUGUGUCCUGCUUGGGCUGUUUAGCCCCAUUCUGUGAGCUCAAUCUUGGUGACAAGUGUUUAGACGGUGUUCUUAAUGGCAAUAACUAUGAGUCAGAUAUUCUAAAGGAUUACUUGCAAUCCAAGGGGUUGACCUGGAAAGACAUGCUGAACGAAAGCCUCCUAGCUCUUCAUAAAGGAACGUUUAUUUUACCAGAUUACCGAAUCACGGGAGAAACGGUGCUGUGUUAUUUUUGCGGCCUGCGGACCUUCCGAGAACUCGCUUACCAAUACAGGCAAAAUAUUCCUUCUGUGGAAUUGCCAGCCGCUGUCACAUCCCGUCCUGAUUGUUACUGGGGUCGCAACUGUCGGACUCAGGUGAAAGCUCACCAUGCUAUGAAGUUUAAUCACAUCUGUGAACAAACACGGUUCAAAAACUGAGAAGGAUCCCCCCCGUGGGCUUUAACUGGUCUCCGUGCUUGUAACCUGCAACGAAGAAGGGGAAAAUUAAACCCAGAAACGCCAACUCUACAGUUUUUGCUUGGUUGUUCCAGCCAAAAAGGGGAUUGGCAACUUUUUACAUCAGAUACUCUGAUGUGAUAGCGUGCUUUUUUCUUUUCUUCUUACGGUUAUUAUUUUGUCAUUUUUUUUUUCCUAUGUUCUCCUCGGCCUUUUUUUUUUUGGGGGGGGGGGGAAAGAGGUUUCGUUUUGAAAGCAAGAAGGGUGCAUCUGCCCCCGUAUUCUUCCUGAAUUUGAGCUACUGUGGGAAUUUAAGGACUUGCCGAACGAGGCUGAAAGGUAGAAAUGGAACAGUUCUCGGUGAAUGUGUCGAUUGUGGAAUGAAGCGAGGCCUUACGGAGAAGGUGAGAAGGCAACAUAGAGCGAAGGACGGCAGGAGAGAAGCAUCUUCAUGGUUCCUAGUUGGGCUGUGCCCUGCGUCUUGUCAAGUUCUUGGAGCAACACAACACCUUGCCUGAAUUGAUGGCCUCAGCUUCUUGGCUCCCAGGUCAAAGAUCACAAGGUCUGUCCAAUACCAAGCACCGACCACUUAAGUGUUUCUCAGCCUUGGGCACAAUAACACGAGGACUACAAAUCCCAGACUUCCCCAGCCAGCCACAUGUUGGCUGAGGGACUCUGAGAGUUGAAGUCCACCCGGCUAAAAAUGGCCCAGGUUGAGAAACGCCACCUUUAGGGUGUCUUGGUCUUUCUUGUCACACUCCACGCGUAUUUCUUAAAUGCUGCUCACCAGCUGGUGCAGUUGACCUAGCCUCUUUUGAUAGGAAAGAUCCAGUUGUUUCAUCCUUUUUUUUUUUUCCUUUUUAUUCAAUCUUUUUUUCCCUUUCUUGGGAUCCUCUUGUUUCUUCUUCCCCUGCUCAAUUGUAGGAUUCAGACUGGUGCUAUCUUGAGCUGAAUUUCACCUCUGCCACCAUCUGGCUCCAUAAGAAAGUCUCUCCCCCCCCCCCCAGGAGUUCCUGUUCUUAGCCAUUGGGAGUUAUGCUUCAAAACAACUAUGCGUUUCCCCCCUUCUCUUACUAAUCAAAUUCCACUAGAAUUUUUUUUUAAAAAAAAUAUCCCCUCACGAUAAAGAAGGCCUCAGGAUGGAAGGAAAUUUGGCAUCCUCCAACGGAUGUUGAAGACUUUUCAAUACUGUUGCUCAGCCUAGCACAUUAAUAUGGCCAGCUUUUAUCCUGAUCUCUCAAGGGCUAUUCCUGAACUGGCUUUUUUUUGUCCCUAAAAUGGAGCAGCACCCUUAGUUUUGGAGAAUGGUAGACAGGAGACCGUGUCUCUGCAUAUAUCCAUCAUUCAUUUUUUUUAUCAUGUCGGAGUGACCUCUCUCCUAACUUAUUUUUUUAAAGCUAACCUGUUGACCAUCAACAAGAACAAGCACACACAAUGGAUCCCUUACCUAACCAGCUUUUGAAAUUUAGUUCUGCUGCCUCCAUUCUCGGGCAGAUUUUAAGACGAGAGCCCUUAGGAAGACUGGGCCUUUUUCCCUCUUCUGACUACAUUCAGCCAUAACUGUAUCCAAAAUGGAUCUUGUCCCACCCGGCACCCUUCAGACGUGUCGGGAUUCCGUGAACCAGAAUCCUGAGGAUGGGUUAAUCAAUUUGUAAGUUUGCAAUCUCAAAACUUAACAGAAGGCAUCAAACGGGGGGGGGGGCGUUUUUGUACAGUCUUCCCAUUGCUUAAAACAUUUGCAUCUAUAUACUGGUUCCGUAGCCAGGAUCUUGUCUUCCUUUUUAGCAGUGUUUCUCAACCUCGCCAACUUUGAAGAUGGGUGGACUUCCCAGAAUCCCCCAGCCAGGUUUGCUGGCUGGGGGAUUCUGGGAGUUGGAAGUCCACCCAUCUUAAGGUUGCCGAGGUUAAGAAAUGCAACUUUAUAGUAAUAGUGGCCUGAAUCCAAACCAUUAAAAUUAUGGGUUUCUGUCUAUGCCCUCCAAAUUAAGGGGAUUUCAUAGAAUACUGUGCUGGGCACAAUGCCUAAAAACGAAACCCAACCUACAUUAUAUUUUUAUCUACUGAAAUAGUAAUCUUUCAGAGCUGGGUCUUCCAAGAGCUAAUUGGGGAGUGGUCCAAAGAGAAAACCACAAGCCCCUCCAGGAUUUAAUGCCCUUUAUAGUUUAUGUUAAAGAUGGUUGGUAAAGAUGGUUUUUUUCUCUCUCUCUCUAGACUUCAGUCUUUCGCUGCCCACUUUAAAAAAUAUAGAGCUUCCAACGGACGUUAUCUCAAAACUUGACGUUAUCUCAAAACUUGACACAUUUAAGACUUGUGGGUUUCAAUUUCUCCAUGCUGGAGAACCCUGGGAGUUGGUCCACAAGUCUUAAAAUUGCCAGAUUUGGAGACUCCUGCUAACUGGGUCUAAUCAUGAGCCUGUUUCAGUAAAAACCCACGUAACGGCUUCGUCAGAACCACGGCUCCUUGUAUUCACAAACCAUUAAUUAACCCUCUCUGCCUCUGAGACUUCCACACUGGCUGCAGGAGAAUUACAAAAAUGAGACCUUGCAGUCAUCAAAGUUCGCAUGGAGCUGUCGCCGCGAUGGAUGCGUUUUCCUGUCUCGGGGAAUGGAGAAACAAAGGGAGCUGAAAAACCGUACAGAGCCAUGUCAGUUUCUCCUAGGUUAGUUUCUGGUUAGGCCAGGUGUGGUGGUCAGGUAGCUUCUCCCCUUCCAUAGCCCACCCAAAUGUAAAUAGAAGAAUUAAAAAUUGCGGUUCGUUUUCCCCCAGCUAAAUUUACCCCUUCCUUCCUUCCAAUCAUACAAGUGUCUUCCAGGGGGAUUUAAGAGUGUUCACUCCACACGGCUGGGUCUUCACAAAGUUUGUUAUCUGCUCCAAGGAGAAAUGUUUUCAGCUUUUGUUUUCUUUGUACGCAAGACGAUGGCUUGGAAAUGGGGGGGAGAAAAGAAUUCCGAUAACUUGUUGGGCUUGGGGGUUCAUGAUUUAUCUUUGGAAAAAUAUUAAAAUGCACAAUGUCGGA